ACGAAGCCUAGUUCGGGGAUCUACGGAAUGAGACGAGGAUGACGUCGCCAUCGUGACGCCAUCAACGUGCGCCCACAAUUUGUUGCCUGUAUCCUCAAAUUAUGGCGAGACAAAACUCUUGCCAUCCCAAUAUCGAGGAGACUCCGGUGGAGGUACAAUCCUAAAAAGAGUAUAUAGCUGCAGUUGAGCAACUCAGUAAUCCCAAUUUGUCAUCUGUUGUACCUGUGACAUUUAACAGGAAGACAUAGAAUACAACUGAUUUUCUUGAUUCAAAAACCCCCCAACAACACACUGUACCAUACUUGGUAGUGAAGAAGACCAACAGGGAAAAGUGGAGUCUUUGGGAUGGGGUUAAAGUGCAAAAGGAGGACGUCAUGGUUCACAGCAAUUCUGCUUCCCCAAUGAAAACAACAUCUCUUUCAACUAAUAUAACUGAGGCAGCACCUCCUCCAGUGCUGCAUCUGAAAGAUACUGUCAAAGACCUCGCUCAUAGCCCUGCAAAGCUCCUUGCCUCAGUUGGGUCAGAUGUUACCCCCAUUUCAGACACCACGCAGCCUUCUACUCAGAUUCCUGAGGAUGAUAAGCCCUCAGUUGUAACCCCGCUAAUAGCACUUAAAGGGAAUUUGCCGUCCGCUACACAGUCAACACAUCCCACUCAGGGAACAGUCAAUGGCCGCACGUCAGGCAGAAAGAGGGUUCCUAAGGCCUGUGACUGUUGUGGCCCCAACAGCAAAGGACACAAUAUCAGACCUCCUGGCAGAGGCAGAGGAAGGGGCAGGGGAAGGGGACGAGGUAGGGGUAGGGGAGCUGGACGGCACCUUCAGGACACCCCAAAAAGACAAGACGGGGACAAGUUGUUGAUCAUUAAUGACUUUGACCUGACGGAAGGUAAAUUAAGGGAAACAAGGGAAGAAAAUGACACCCAUGGGAACAAUAAAACCUCAAAUCCACAGUCAGAUUCUGCUGCUCCUUCAAAUGUCCAUGUCAGUCCUCCAGAUGGACCAGUAACAAACUAUGUUGUGCAAAAGAAGGAGAACAUAUUGACAGUAAUUUCACGGGUUGCUGAAACAGAACGAAAAAAGAUUGGGCAGGUGUUGUCCCCAGGAAUGACUGGCAGAAGUAUGGUGCUUGUAAGAGGGAGAGGAGGCGGUAAACCUGGCCGGGGAGGAAUGGCAGGUCCUUUGGCAUCGAAAAUGAUCAUUGGAAUCAAACAAGGUAUUGGAAAUGAGGUUGUUAUCUGUUCUGAAGCCCAGCCGCAGAUAUACUGUACAUUGGAUUUAUCACAGAUUGGAAAUAAAGAUGAGAUAAGUUUGUCUGCGACAAAAGCUGAAGAGACAAUUGAUGACAUAACCUGCAUGACCGAAGCAGGAAACGGAACACUUUGCUUAUCAGGAGAGUCCACCUCUCCUUUAAGGCCAGGAUGUCUUCCAAACCACGAAUCGGAGAUGCAGGUAGAGCAAGAGAAUGAGAGGACAGACCUUUCAUCCCUAUGUUUAUCACCUACUCUGUCCAAUGGAAACGCCAGCUCACCCACAGACCUCGACCACAGAUCCACACCCAUGGACACAGACAAUCCAGUGGCGGUUUGUUCAUACAACGGUCCUGUCGCGGUGUGCAGCAGUAUGCACAGCUGCGCGCUGAGAGACCACAGGUUGUACUGUCAGCCUGGAACCUGGGAAAAAGGGGAAGAACCCAAUGAUGAUCUGCCAAAUGACGCAAAUGCACAAGAGACGGAUGCAACGGCACAGAAUGGUGAUAACCUGGAGCGACUUAUUCAUUUGGUCCAUGAGUUUCUGGAGAGCUUCUACUUAAAAUAUGGCAGUUUCAUUCCUGUCAGUGAGACAGAUGUCCUGGAUUACCUGAAGGAGAAUGGCAACAGUGACGACCUCGCCAACAAGAGACUGAACGUCCUGGAAGAGAUGAAGCGGUACAAAGCAGCGCUCGCCUCUGCACCUGUUGCUAGCUUUAUGGUCAUGUACAACAAACACACGUUGAGCCUUGAAGACCUCAGCACGCUGGAGGAACAGAAUUGGCUAAAUGACCAGAUUAUCAACACAUAUGGAGAAUUGAUUAUGGAAGCAACACAACACAAUGUUCAUUUUUUCAACAGUUUCUUCCAUAAGCAGUUGGUUGCCAAGGGUUAUGAGGGUGUAAAAAGAUGGACCAAAAAAGUGGAUUUGUUCUCCAAAUGGCUACUGCUCUUUCCCAUACACUUAGAAAUCCAUUGGUCUCUUGUCACCGUCACCAUGGCAACCAAGACCAUCAAUUACUUUGACAGCCAAGGCAUCGUCUUCCGACACACCGCAGAUAACAUCAUGAAGUAUCUUCAGUCAGAAGCCCAAGAACAAAAAAAGGCUGAUUUCCUAAAAGGCUGGAAGAUUGCAAUCAUCAAGGGUAUUCCUCAGCAGAAGAACGAUAGCGACUGCGGCGUUUUUGUCCUUGAGUAUUGCCGUUGUCUCUCGGUGAAGCAGCCCCUGCUGUUCAGUCAGGAGGACAUGCCUCACAUUCGCAAACGGAUCUACAAAGAGCUCUGCGACCGACACCUCAACUCUUAAAGGACUGAGAAAUGCCCCCCUGAGCUCACCUUACCUAUUUACAUGAGGAGAGCUGCCAGAGCUUGUCAGACAGAUCUUACUUUUAAUGAGCGUCUGUUACAUGAGAUCCACACAAGAACUACUGACGUGGCCUCCUACUGAUGCUGGACUCUUACGUUUUCACGUUGCCUUUUCUUUAUGCAUUUAGCAUGGCCAGUCGCUCUUCUUUGGACCCUCUCUUGCUCGGACCAACUGCGUGGAUUCCAAACGGAGCGGCCAUUUUAAACUUCAUGACUUUUAAAACAGCGGCGCCUCGUGUCUUUAUGUCUUCGAACAUGUAAUUUCAAGAAAAGGUGGUGCGAUUUAGUGGACCAACCGUUCACCUAAAACUUGAAGAUGGCCGUCGGGUCCUUUGCUUCCUGGACUGCUAAUAUUUGCACGGUUAUCGGAGCUGAAGAGUUUAGAAUAUCAAACGAUUGUACUGACCCCCGUAGCUUUCCUUGCUGUCUCUGCAGGGCGCUGACUUCUUAGUAUAGAAGCUGGCAACAAACGUUGGCUGUGGCUGAAACAGGGAUAUACAGUAUAGUUGACUCCCUUUUAGAAUAUCAGGUUUUUGUCAAAUUACACCUAAACUUUUCUCUUGAAAGUCCUCCUUUUUUAUGAAGCUAUUAAUCAGAUGUUCUAGCUCAAUGUCCAUCCAUUUCUUGUUGUUGUUAGUUGGGUGUAGAGGUCAAGCUGCUAACGUUAAGGCCACAGCUCUGACAUAAGUGUCAGCCAAGCAGUCAAUCUAUCAAGUAUUUAGUGUAGAAGCAUUGAAAGAAUCAAGUGGACCUCGCAUAUAAUUCCAGUGUCCUAUCCGUCUGAUUUUCUUCUUAUAGUUUUAUUACCACACUUAACUGUACUUUAAUGACUGUAAAUGCUCGCUUUUGGCUAAAAACACAUUUUUAUUGUUCUUAAAAUGCCGAGACUGCUGCAAACGGGUUGCUUUUCUUCCUCUCUCUUUUUUUCUGUCUCUCUAAUAUGUUUUUGAUAAGGUAAAAAUUGAGGCAACAAGCAGUAGUUGUAUUGAAGAUGUUUUACCUGUACUUGAACAGAUCGUUUUUUUAGGGGAUAAAAUCCUUCAGAUAAAUAUUCAAACAUAUUGAAUUGUGUGUUUUUUUAAAGUAAUUUAUUAAUCAGCUGAUCUGAUUGUAAUUAUGAAAACUGCGCUUCUAUUGUAUUUGCAUGAUAUCUUUAGAUUGCUAUAAUAUGUGGUGAUGGGUUUAAAGAAUCAUUAUAUUAUAGAACACAUUCUUGAGAAACAAAUUAGUGUACAAAAGACAAAUAGGACAUAUUUAUUACAAAGUUUGAAGGGUUUAAUCAGAGUAAACAAAAAUAUGACAAUACAGUAUGUUUUUAAUGUGUAUUGUUGAAAUGCUUGAAUCAGGCCGGGAACAGGAUUGUGAUAGUUGUACUAUAAUGCAAUGGCUGGAAGAUCAUAGCAAUUAUUGUGGCAACGUAUUCACAUACAUUUUCUUAGGCUAUUGUAAUUUUUACUUCGUUAUAUAUGUCAGUCAUUUACUACUGCACUACUAACAUUGACCACAAGGGAGAGCACUAAAUCAGGAUUUCGAUUUACUAUUGCUUUAUUUUAAUUACAUUAGUUUGUUUCUUGAGUUUCUCCAAUAAUUGACAUUUAGCUUUUGAACCUACAGAAACAAGCAUCUGGAAACUUUAAAUGUAUAUACUUGUGUAUUAGGGCGAGACAUCACCAAUUAUACAAAUAUCAUUUGAGAAAGGUUUAGCGAUAUUGCAUUUGUUUUAUAUUUGAAAAAAACAAACACUCACCAAGUAAAGCAGGGGUGGCCAAAGCUCAGUUAUAAACAAAAAAAUAAGGUUCCACAUGGACAAUCAGCUAGGGUGGCUUUCUCUAAGGGGCGCCACGAGGAUGAAGGGGGACAAAAAACAUUCACAUAUGCCCAGCUCCCUUGCCCCCCAUACUGCUUAUAAGAUUGGAUAAAUCCAAACCAAUAAGAGACAGUAAGAGAUAAUUAAAAAUGGACAUCUCUGUGAACGUAAACAAGGAAGUGAAGUGAAGAUAUGAGUGUGCAACGCAUGCACACAUUCCCAAUGAAAUUAGCGCGAUGACAACAUUGCAACAUUCUUAAGCAGUGGCGGUCUCUAGCAUGUGUAUGUGUCUCUAUUUCUUUCAUAAUGGUUUAAUGAAGAAUUAAGAUUUACAAUUUUGCUAGGGAAUCUUUGAUCGUCCUACAGUUGUGCUAUGAGGUGCUAAAGUUGAACCUUUUGUGUAACUUUCUACGACACUGCCAAAGCGUAAAGGGGACCUAUGAUGAUUUUCAUUCUUUUCUACUUAUAAUACAAUGUUAUAUUUUAACAGUGUGCAUAUUAAAAAGAUUAAAUCAGGUACUUUUGGAGAGGGUGGGUUGUAACUUAAUUUGCAAUCUGGGAACGCCUCCACAAACAGACAUCUUGCAGACAGACUCAGAAAACAAACUCUAAAUGUAACUGUCGAGCAAUAUUUACGCAAAAUCUUUACACCAAAGCAUAUCCAAUACAUGUUAUCUAGAUCAGUGAUUCUCAAACGGUAUGCGGGAUCCAUCUAGUGCAAGGAUGUCAAACGUACGGUUUUAUCUGGCCCGCGGCCUGCAAGACGAGUUUGCACAGUAUAAAAAUGAGCUGCAUUUUUUUAAUCAAUGAAACUGCUAUUUUAAAUGUGUCCACUGGGUGUCACAAUGGCAAUUCAAGUGUAACCCACAUCACACAGGACACUGUUUAAAGAUGACAUGUCAGCUGACUUUUAAAUGCCCUUUGGAUUGGCUGCCCCUACUUGAAUCAGCGCAGGUGCAAGCAAUCUGCUGCUCCUGUUUUGGCUGGUAGCAGAUGGCGGCAGACUGAUGCAGUAUCGACGCACACCUUUUUACUUAAUGUGUGUUUCUGCAUUUGUUGUGUUUGUUCUAUUUUAAUUUAUGCUUAAAUCUACCAUGUUCACAUUGGUUAAGUUUGUAGUUAUGUUACCUUGAUUUUGGCUGUGAUGUCAUUUUGAUAAUUGUUUUGUUUAUAUUAUGACUUAGUUUAAUAUUUGAAUGAUGAUAAAUGAAUGAAUGUGUUUUGCCAGUUGCAGAUGUCACCAAUGCGGCGGUAUGAGGAAGCAUUUGGUCGCUUUGCUACACACAUCUUUUAAUGGUGAACUGCCAACAUGAGAAUGCUAAACAGAAAGUGCUUAACAUUUAAUGACUUUGCAAAUACACUGAGACAAAGUCUAAGUUAAUUGUGUUCUUCAGGGUGUUUUUGAAACUGCACUCAUUCUUUCCAAGUUUUGCCAAGAGGAUUAUUUAUGUGUACAUUUUCAGAACGUGCUUGUUCUAUUUUGGCCAAAGUAAAACAAAGAAAACAAUCUGAAU